AUGAAAGCCUUCGACAAUACAUGGUGGUCAUCAUUUGACAGUGUGACCCUCGUUUCCAUUUAUGGCAGAUUAAAACUGUAUCCCCGGAUGCUGAGAGAUGUGUCUGCUGUGGACCUGUCAACUUCCAUCUUCGGACAACGAGUCAGCAUGCCAAUAUGCGUUGGAGCGACUGCCAUGCAGCGCAUGGCUCAUGCAGAUGGCGAGACAGCUACUGCCAGAGCUUGCAGAUCAAUGGGGACAGGGAUGAUGCUGAGCUCCUGGGCCACGUCUUCUAUAGAAGAAGUUGCUCAGGCAGCUCCAGAAGCGAUUUGCUGGAUGCAGCUUUACAUCUAUAAAGACCGGGAAGUCACCAGAUCCCUUGUGCAACGUGCAGAAAGAGCUGGGCACAAGGGCAUUUUUGUGACUGUGGACACACCGUUCCUUGGCAAACGUCUAGAUGAUGUACGCAACAAGUUUCAGCUCCCUCCACAUCUGAGAAUGAAAAAUUUUGAAACGAAUGAUCUGGCAUUUUCAUCUGAGAAAGGCUAUGGAGAAAACAGUGGUCUUUCUGUUUAUGUUGCGGAGGCAAUCGAUCCUACAAUUACCUGGGAAGAUUUGAAGUGGCUCAGAGGUCUGACUACCUUGCCAAUUGUUGCUAAAGGCAUCCUCAGAGCUGAUGAUGCUAAGAAAGCAGUGAAGCAUGGUGUAAAUGGGAUUUUGGUGUCAAACCACGGUGCACGCCAGCUGGAUGGAGUUCCAGCCACAAUUGAGGUGCUGUCCGAAAUAAUAGAAGCUGUGGAAGGAAAGGUUGACGUGUUCCUAGAUGGCGGCAUCAGGAAAGGCUCAGAUGUUCUCAAGGCCCUGGCCCUUGGAGCCAAAGCAGUGUUUGUUGGCAGGCCUGUGAUCUGGGGUCUUGUCUACAAGGGUGAAGAAGGCGUGAAGGAAGUCCUCCAGAUACUGAAAGAAGAGUUCCAGUUAGCAAUGGCACUUUCUGGUUGUCGAAGUGUGGAAGAAAUAGAUGGAACACUGGUUCGGAGAGUUCAACAGGCUACCUCCAAACUCUAGCUGGGUUUUCUGCCUCUUGGGAAGAUGUCCAGCUGAUUGCAAAUGGUUCAUCCUACUUUAUGAAGAAAUGGGAAGCGCAAAGUAAAAUUUGAAACUGUCAGCUGCUGAAAUCCAGAUUCUUUGGAGAUAUAUUAUGGGGUCUUUUUAAAUUGUUAUGCUAAGGGGAAUUUCUGUUUCCAACAUUCAUUCUUUUAAUAUGACCAUUGAUUCCUCUAAUUCUUUUUUAAAAGAGGGAUUUCUCUUUGAAGAUAAAUCAAUGCACCCCUUUUUAAACUUCAGGCCUUGUCUGAUUUUUCAUAUCACAGAGUGGUGCACAAUUAAUAGUAUUAAUAGUUUGGGAAGACAUUGCCUGCCUCUGAGCAUCUCCAAAGUGAAAUUCUGCCGAAUCUCCCUUCCUUUUCCUCCUCUUUUUAGAUUUCUCUGUGAUAAAAAUAAAGUUUGUAAUCAUUUCCAAACUCUGAAUUCCUAAAAGGAGGAAAAGAAACAAAUGUUCAGAUUUCAGGGCUAAAAUGGGUAUGGAGAAAUGAAGGAUUUCUCUUCACAAUCCUGUUUUUAAAGCCACAUGUUGGGAGCUCAGGAAAAGAGUUCUUUAACAGAUGUGAGUUAUUUUUUUUGUCAGUGGUCAAGCAUUCAAAUAAAAUGUCAGUAAUUUUGAAAAAUUA